AUGCCUCCCUCUCUAACCCAUCGCUUACAAGCCAUUGAGCAAAACUACAAACAGAUCUCGGCGCUCGUACAAGAGUUAAAGACAUUCUCCGUAACGGAUGAAACUACCGACGAACGACGACUUGAACUCGCGACAGACAUUCACGAAAGAUUAAAGGAAUGGGAAGACACUCUUGAGAUUCUGAAACAAGAAGUUGAAGAUGACAGUAUUACCGCCAAAAGGCGGCCUCUUGCCUCCUCUCCACGGCCCGAUCGAGAAACUGAGCACGAGCACAAUGCAGACCUCCUCGCUCGCCUGCAGGAGGAUCUGAAAUCUGCACGGGCGAACUUCAGAAGGGCGCAACUGCAUGCGAAGCAGGAGUCGGAUGCAUUCAAGCGGCAGAGUCGAGAAAUGCUAUUUAGUAGUCGAAAGGCGUCCGUGGAACAAGGAGACUCGGCACGAAAAGCAUCAAAACACGAAAAACUGACCCAGGAUGAGAUCGCACUGCGGGCGGCUGACGAUGUGACUCGAGCACUGACGAGGGUAUACAAUCAAAUGGAGGGCGAGUUGGCGCAGUCACAAUUUGCGCAGCAGACUUUAGAUGAAAGUCAAAAUGCACUAAAGGCCCUGGACGAGAGCUACUCCGGGACCACGAAUCUGGUCAAGUCUUCCAGGGGCUUGAUCGGUCAGCUAGUCCGGAGUAGCAAGUCAGACAGUUGGUACCUUCGAUCAGCCUGGUAUAUGUUGAUCGCGACAAUUUCUUGGCUGUUCUUCCGGCGGAUACUGUACGGUCCUAUUCUGUUAUUUAUCUACUAUCCUAUCCGGAUAAUGUGGUUUACACUCAGCAGCGUUAGCACUAUUAUGCUUGGGAAGUCACCAACUCACGCUGGAAAUCGUGCGCCUCCUAAGCCCACCCUUUCGGUCUCGAUGCCUGUGGCUGGUGUGUCGAAGCAGAGCGCUGGACGGCCGCCACUGAGUAUAGAGCUCCCGGCGAAAGGGGGUGGGUGGGAUCGCCCUGUUGUACGUGAAAGAGGAGAAGAGCAAGUAGAGAGCAUCAUCGAAGAGAUUGAGCGCUUAACAGGUGUGGCUUCCACAGCUAUCCAAGAAUCGGAAGAUGGUUCGCAGGAGAGCGAAGAACCUGCCCGAAAUACCAAAAAAAGAAUGAUGGAGGUGGAUGUUGAACCCUCAGCUAGAUCGAGGGAUGAGUUAUGA